AUGGAGCGAAUAUUGUCUCUCGUUUGCAGUUACAGAUUCUUCAACGAGGCAGGAAAAACAGAUGAAGUAUAUAAACAUAUGGAGUUAGAUGGAUUAAGAUUUCGUGUUUGGUCUGACCAGAAAUAUGCAGUUGUCAAUAAAUGCAUAGAGAUGAGAAACCCAAAUAUUCUAUUCAGGAAUGGAUUGAUGAAGUUAUUUUUCUUAGAAGCUGAAAAUGAAGGGAAAAUAAUGCUUGAAGAAGCAUCUGCAUUGGGACAUUUGGAUUCAACAUUUGUCCUAGCAAUGAUGUUGAUGGUUGAAGGGAGACAUAGGAAGCAGGAAGCUUUGGACAUGUUGAACAAUGCUUACCGCAUAGCAAAUGGUAAGUGGAAUCUUAGAGCAACCUGUUCUAAGGUUCAUCUCCACUUCAAUUGGGAGGGGAGGAACCAUGUACACUUCCAUGGCCUCCAUAGAUCUUGUGCAUUGCAUAAGUCUGUAGUUAGUGUGUCAGAUGCUUUUGUGGAUGGAUAUGAAUGGGUGUUUAUGUGUGAAAUUUGUUUAUGGGAUGCUUGUUUUGUUAGGUUUUCUAGGGAGUUUGGUAUAACUUAUGAGUAG